ACAUCAACGAGAGCGGACGAAGACAUCACUCAAAUUUUCUACAUUUUUUUAAAUCCAUAACCAACAAAAGUAUGGCACUAUACUCUGAAACCAACUACUCGAAUAUUUGGCUUAAUCCGAUGAAUUCAGGAUGUCUGACGCUGGAGAUGAAAUAAAAGUCGAUGUCCCAGAAGUCGAGGUUGCUGCUGAGGCUCCGAAAGGUAAAUUAUCGGUUGAGGAGGCUCUCCAACAAGUCUUGAAGAACGCCCUCGUUCACGAUGGAUUGGCUCGCGGUCUCCGUGAAUGCGCCAAGGCCCUGGACAAGCGCCAGGCUCACUUGUGUGUCCUUGUCGAAACUUGCACAGAGGCCGAAUACAUCAAGCUCAUCGAGGCUCUCUGUGCCGAGCAUAAAAUUAACCUCAUCAAGGUCGGAGAUGGGAAGGUGCUCGGAACCUGGGCAGGAUUGUGCAAGAUCGAUAAAGAGGGCAACCCACGCAAAGUCGUCGGCUGCUCUUGCGUUGUCGUCAAGGAUUAUGGUGUUGAGAGCGAGGGGCUCCAUGUCCUCCUUGACUAUUUCAAGACCCGCUAAACUCCCUCGACGGAGAAUUCGUUCGAUGAGGAAAAAUGUCUAUCCGGAAUCAUUAUAUUUUUGUCUGAUUUUCAAUGGUUCUUCAAUCUAUCUUAACCUUUUGCUGAUC